AUGAUGGCGAAGUUUGAGUUGCUCGCGAAGGAGAUGCGGCUCAAGCAAGACGAGCAAGCGAAGUUAUUCGAGAAGCAGCGCCGCGUGCUCGAGCGUAGGAUCAAAGAGCUCAAGAAACUGCCAGACGAGGCGACACUGCGGGAGAAACUUGCGUACGCGUUUGAGUACGACAGCUCCAGACGGUUCCCAGCGUUCAUCUGGCAGACGUGGCCCUCGCAGGGGAUGCAGGACUCCAAGGGCGUCCUUGUCGAAGACGUUGCAUCCAACAGGGCCAACUGGGACGAGAAGAACCCUGGAUUUGUCCACGAGAUCAUCAACGAUAACAUCGCUGGUGCGCUAGUGCGCCACUACUACGCGUCCAUCCCGGACGUCUUGGAGGCGUACAAUUCGCUGCCCAACAAGAUCCUCAAGAUCGACUUCUUCAAGUACCUUAUUCUACUCGCCCGUGGGGGUCUCUACGCGGACAUGGACACUGUCCCUCUACAACCGAUCCCGAACUGGGUACCUGCACAGAUGGACCCGGGCAAGAUCGGCCUCGUUGUCGGUAUCGAACACGACGCCAAAGAUGCCACUUGGAGAAACGAGUAUGUCCGGAGAUUACAAUUCGGCACAUGGAUCAUACAGGCCAAACCGGGGCACCCGGUCAUUAGAGAGGUUGUUGCGCAUAUUACCGAAACCACUUUGGACAGGAAGAUGAGGGGGGAACUUAACUUGAAUUUCAGAAACGAUCUCAACAUCAUGUCCUGGACAGGGUCUGGUGUCUGGACAGACGCUUUAUUCACGUACUUCAACGAUUACUUGAGAAGUGGCGUGACAAAGAAGGUCACAUGGAAAGAAUUCCACAACCUAGCGGUGCCAAAACUACUGAGUGACGUGCUCGUGUUCCCAGAGUUCUCCCUCAAGGCGCCGAACAAGAUCUCCUCAGAUGACCCUAAUAAAUCGAUGUAUUUCGCUACACACGAGGGUGCUAAGUUUUGGAAGACGGUCCCCAAAGUAGAGGAUCCAUCAGCCCCACAGAAACUGCAGUAA